AUGGCCAAGCUCUGCGUCGGCGACCUCGUGCUCAUGGUCGCCCAAGGCAGCGACCCGUCCUGGUCCCCCGAGUCGAGCGCAGAUCCCCAUCCCGCGAUCGGCUUCCUCGCUUCCUGCGAGCAUGCAGUUCCUUCCUCGGGGAUCGUCCAUCGGGCGGCUGGGGUCGAGACGCUCACACAGACCGAGGCGCUGGAGCCCAAGAGCGUACUGCCAUGCGUCUUCCGUGUGGAGGCCGUGCUCAACAAGGAAGACAUUGUCCGCGUCGACCUCCAGAGGAAGCUCGAUAGCCGUGCGCUCGAGAACGAGAUGGCAUACAAGGGCUAUGGUACCGAGGUAAAGCUCGGGCAAUGCAUUCGCCUCGUUCAUUACCACACCAACCAAGUGCUUUGCAUCAACGUCAACGAGCGCGGAGUCAAGUCCUUUACGAUGAAGAUUGGCUUCGAGUCCCCACACACGUUCAACGCCGCCUGCGACGUGCCAGCUCGCGAGCAAUGGCUCGAUUCGUGGCUGGAGGUGCAAGCCCCGGUCAAAACCAAGAUGGACGGGGACACUGUCCUCAUUGAAGACGUUGUGCAUCUCUACAGCGCCCGCUGGGAGCGCUACCUCGACGUCGCAACGAGCCGCCUCCAAGAAAGCAUCCUCGACGUUGUCGCUGGCAAGGACAAGACGCGGUGGCAGCUUGUACCGUUCGCCAACCAUGAGCCGUCCGUACCGGCGCUGCGCGGCGGCGACAUUCUGCGCUUCUGCCACGUCGAAAGCGAACACGUCCUCGAACUUGCGUCGGAUGUUCUGGCCCUAACCUCGAGAGUGACCUCGAACGCACUCUGGGCGGUCGAGCCCCUCCACGCCAAGUGGGGCGGCAAAGCAAUCGCGCUUGAUGUGUUCCAGCUGCGCCACGUCGCUACGGGCAAGCUUCUCGCUAUCAGUGCGAACGCGCCGCUGUGCGUCUCGGCCUCGUCAACCGACAACGGACCCGCGACGUUCUUCAAGCUCGCAAGCAAGCACGGUGGAUCAUCAACUACUUUCCACAUCCAGCACGAGGAGAGUGGCGUCUGGCUCUGCGGUGUCGCAGGAAACGACGACGCAACCAUACCCCUGCACUGCUGCCGCACCGUGCGCGACAGCGACGUCUUUCGAGUGCAUCUGCCGAGUGCGACCGAAGUUUUCGUCCUUCUGGACGUGCUCUUUACAAAGCACCAGUUUGCACGACACUGCGCACAGCUGCAGCGCGUCCCAAACGUAGAUUUGCUCGCGUUUCAGGACGUGCAGCCGCUCGAGAUUUGCCUGCGGGCGGUGCACAAUGUCCUACGCGAGCACCCGUCGCUCAAGUUUAUUCUCUGGGACCAGUCUGUCUUGGCGUCGCUCCUCGACAACUUUGCAGCAAUCUUGCACACGCAUCAAGGCGUGUACCAGCGGCACGCGGAGCUGCGCACGUGUGUCCGCGCCCUUUGCUUCCUCAUCAAAGACUACGUCACGGACGAUCCGACGAGCCAGCGCACGAUCCACCCGUACCUUCCGAUGCUACAAGACCUCCUUGGCGCUAACGAAGCU